AUGUCGCCGACGGCAGCAGACACCAACUCUCGAGUUCCUGCUGGACAGGACUCGAGACUCCUCAGAAGCAUAUUCUUUGUCAGCAACAUUCAUUGCUCCUCUUGCGUCGCAUACAUCAAUGAAGUCCUAUCAGACAUUGAUGGGGUGAGGGAUAUCGAUGUCACAGAAACCGACCCGUCACGCCUUGCUUCGGCUUUGGUUGAAGCUGCCUUUGAGGUUCACCAUGUCACUACAUAUGAACCGAGAGGAUCAGUCAUCUCGGAACUUGAUACGACUUCAUGGCUACCCCGCGACUCAGUCCUUUUCUCCACCCAGCCUAACAUCAAUCGAGUUCCAGCUCUGGGAAGCAGACAUGUCGACAACUGUGACGCUUGCAGGAAAGAAGAACUGGAUAGCCUCGCGGCCGGCGAAGAUUUGGCAGAUGCUGCUCGCCGCCCUCGGGACCGCUAUAGUGGUCUUCGAACGGGUGGUAAGCCCGGUCCAUCCCAAUCAGAAGUGCAAAGUCUAGUAGCCCGGGGGUCAGUUGAAGAUGUUACACCCGUGGAGUCGCCCAAGACGCCUCACCAUCCAGAAGAGAAGGAAAGGUUUGGUGCACGUGUGAGCAUUGGUGGGAUGAGCUGUGCUUCAUGCGCCAACAGCAUCACAAACGAAGUGAAAGAGUUGGAUUUUGUUGAGGACAUCACCGUCAACCUCCUUACCAACAGUGCUACUGUUGUCUUUACUGGUCCGCAGUCAAACAUCAACAAGGUUGUCGAGCAGAUUGAGGAUAUCGGUUUCGAAGCGUCGCUUGAUGAGGUCAAUAUGAUCAAAACAGCUCCCGCACGCAAGGAGGCCCCUUCGACAUUCGUCGCUGAACUUGCUAUUGGCGGCAUGACGUGCGGUUCGUGCUCCGGAGCGGUUACGCGAGGGCUGGAGGAGCUUCCUUUCGUUACUACUGUUUCGAUCAACCUCUUGACCCACAGCGGAAGAGUCGAGUUUGAGGGCCGUGACCAUAUUGACGAGAUUGUGGAAAAGAUUGAAGACCUCGGCUAUGAUGCUUCGGUCGACAAUGUGACAGCCCUGGUGGCAGAUAGUGAUGACGAGCCUCUGGAAGAGAGGACACUGUCCAUCCGUGUGGAUGGUAUGUUCUGCCAUCACUGCCCGGACAAAGUUGUCAAGUCCUUGGAAGCUUUCCCGGAUGUUAAGGUCGAAGGCAACCUGUCCGUUAAGAAUCCGAUUCUUGCGGUUACGUAUACACCAAAACCCCCCUCUCUCACAGUGAGAAGUAUACUUCGGACAAUCGAAUCAGCUCACGAUGCUUUCACUGCCACCGUUUAUCGUCCUCCAAGCGUCGAAGAUCGGUCCCGAGCUAUGCAGCGCCACGAAAGACGCCGACUGUUCACCCGAUUUAUCUUUGUUUUGCUUGUAGCAAUUCCCACGUUUAUACUGGGUAUUGUAUUCAUGAGCUUGGUGUCAUCCAACAACAAGGUUCGCAAGUUUUUGGAACAACCGAUGUGGGCCGGAGAUGCCUCGCGCCUCGAAUGGGCCCUCUUUAUCAUGACAACCCCGGUUAUGUUCUACGGCGCUGAUAUCUUCCACGUGCGGGCGAUGAAAGAAAUCUACUCGCUUUGGCGUCCUGGAAGUCGUGCACCGCUCCUGCGCAGGUUCUACCGGUUUGGAAGCAUGAACCUCCUCAUCUCCGCCGGAACGACCGUAGCCUACGUCUCGUCUCUGGCUGUUCUUAUUAUGGACGCCGCUAUGGGCUCAGCGUCCAACACACAUAGCUCAACAUAUUUCGACACAGUUGUGUUUCUCACCAUGUUUAUUCUCGCCGGGCGGUUCAUGGAAGCGUACAGCAAAGCGAAGACCGGGGAUGCGGUCGCAUCUCUUGGAAAGUUGCGCCCGACAGAGGCUUUGCUGAGAAUCAGCGCAAGUGACGCAGACCAACCCGGUGACGAAAACACACAUGCAGAAGAUGGCUACGAGCGGAUCAAUAUUGACCUGCUAGAAAUUGGCGAUGUGGUUAGCAUACCUCAUGGCGCCUCGCCACCUGCCGACGGUGUUGUCGUUGGGUCUGCUUCAUACCAGUUUGAUGAAAGCUCGUUGACGGGAGAGUCGAAACCCGUCCACAAGUCAGCAGGUGAUCAAGUUUACACCGGUUCCGUGAACGUCGGUCAGCCCGUCGAGGUCAAGGUCACUGCAAUCGGGGGCUCCUCGAUGUUGGAUCAGAUCAUCUCCGUGGUGCGAGAAGGUCAGAGUAGACGUGCGCCGCUGGAACGGGUUGCAGAUCUACUCACUUCUCACUUUGUUCCGAUCAUCACGCUGAUCGCCAUCCUGACUUUCGUCAUCUGGCUUGCUCUCGGUCUGUCAGGGACACUGCCUGACGAUUACCUUGACGUUGCACGCGGCGGCUGGACAUUCUGGGCUCUGGAAUUUGCAAUCGCUGUGUUCGUCGUGGCUUGCCCCUGUGGUCUCGCACUCGCCGCUCCCACGGCACUUUUCGUGGGCGGUGGACUAGCUGCUAAGCAGGGUAUCUUAGUCAAAGGAGGAGGUGAGGCGUUCCAAGAAGCGAGCCGGCUCGACGCCAUCGUGUUCGACAAGACAGGAACUCUCACAGAGGGCGGCAGCCUGCAGGUAUCCGAACACGAAGCCCUCAUUUCGGACACCGACGUGAUACAGGUGGCUUGGACGCUCGCCCGAAAGCUCGAAGAAAGCAGCAAUCAUCCAAUCGCUCGAGCCAUCUCGGCUUUCUGCAAGGAAAAGCCCUCGGUCACGAUUACCAGCGCCGACAUCGAAGAAAGAUCCGGUCAAGGUAUGAAAGGCACGUUCGCUGUAUCAAUGCCGAAUCCCAAUGAGAAAUCCGACACGCCCACUCAAUACGAGGCUGCCAUCGGCAACCAACGUCUCCUACACAGCCUAGCAACCUCAGACUACGACGAAAGCUACCUAUCCAAAACCCUCUCGAAGUACCAAGCUGCCGGUAAAUCCACCGCGAUCCUAUCUCUCCGUUCCCAGAACGAACCCUCCUUCACCCCCGCCAUCGUCUUCGCCAUCUCCGACACCAUUCGACCCGACACCGUCGAAGUCAUCUCCAAGCUCCAAAAGCGCAAAGUCAAUGUAUAUAUGUGCACCGGCGACAACCAAACAACCGCGCACGCCGUCGCCGACAUGGUAGGCAUUCCGCGCUCUAACGUCAUGGCAAACGUAAUGCCAGCAGGCAAAGCCGAUUUCGUGCGUCAAAUCCAAGACAGCAACAACAACUUCACCCCGCAGACCGACUCCGAAGCAGAAAGCCAGCGAGCCCCCACCAACAACCGUUCCAUCGUCGCCUUCGUCGGCGACGGCGUCAACGACUCCCCGGCCCUCGCCGCAGCAGACGUGAGCAUCGCCAUGGCGUCGGGAUCCGAUGUCGCCAUGAACUCCGCAAGCUUCAUCCUCCUCAACUCAGAGCUCGACACCAUCUUGCAACUUGUCUUGCUAAGCCGUCGUGUCUUCAACCGCGUCAAGCUGAACUUCGGUUGGGCGUUGAUCUAUAAUUGCUGCUUGGUGCCUGUCGCUGCUGGUGUCUUCUAUCCGAUUGUUAGUGGGCAUAAGCAGGAGAUGGUGGGUGGGGAGCUUGUGGUUACUGAUACGCAUUGGAGGUUUAGUCCGGUCUGGGCGGCGUUGGCGAUGGCGUUGAGUAGUAUUUCGGUUGUUUGUAGUAGUCUUGCUUUGGGGAUUAGUCGCAGGUCGAUUAAGAGGGUGUUUGGGUUGGGGGCUUAG